UUUCAAAUCGGUGCUCUACUGUUUUCUCUGACGUCGCGUCAGGAAAAUAAAUCAAAUCCGGAUCACAGCACAGGCGGAGGAGAAGACACACUUUAAAGCAAAGAUGUUUCGCAAUCAGUACGACAACGACGUGACAGUAUGGAGCCCCCAGGGCCGUAUUCAUCAGAUCGAGUACGCCAUGGAGGCUGUGAAGCAAGGCUCUGCAACUGUAGGACUCAAAUCCAAAACCCAUGCGGUCCUGGUUGCACUAAAGAGAGCCCAGUCUGAGCUGGCUGCCCAUCAGAAGAAGAUCCUGCAUGUCGACAACCACAUCGGCAUCUCCAUUGCUGGACUGACUGCUGAUGCUAGACUGCUGUGUAACUUCAUGCGUCAGGAGUGCUUGGACUCAAGAUUUGUCUUCGACAGACCCCUCCCCGCAUCACGCCUCGUCUCUCUUAUUGGCAGCAAAACUCAAAUCCCAACACAGAGAUAUGGAAGGAGGCCCUAUGGUGUCGGACUCCUCGUUGCUGGCUAUGAUGACAUGGGCCCUCACAUCUUCCAGACCUGCCCGUCAGCAAACUACUUCGACUGCAAAGCGAUGUCCAUCGGAGCUCGCUCUCAGUCUGCCCGCACCUACCUGGAGAGAUGCAUGGAGAAGUUCUCUGACUGUAAUCUGAAUGACCUGGUGCAGCAUGGCCUCCGUGCUCUCAGAGAAACCCUCCCCAGCGAGCAGGACCUGACCACCAAGAAUGUCUCCAUCGGCAUUGUGGGUAAGGACAUGGAGUUCAUCAUUUACGACGAUGCUGAUGUCGCCCCGUUCCUGGAGGGUCUGGAGGAGAGGCCACAGAGAAAGGUUGCUCAGCCUGAUGAACCAGCAGCCGGUGCAGAUCCAGUUGUUGCCGAGCCGAUGGAGCACUGAGGCGUCCUGAUUACUUCCUGUUAUCAGAGGGGGGGGGGGGCAAUACAUCCUCCCAGACCAGCCCGACACACUUAGCUGCAUCUCACCGAGGAGUAAACGUUAGCAGGGAAAGUUGUUCUUGUGAUGUGCCACUUGCUAAAAAAAAAAAAACUGUCGAUCCAAAAUAUUCUGCAAACAUCAACCAAUGUGAUGUUGCUUUUGUAUGAGUAAAGCGUUCCAAUUAUACAAGUAAUAAAGUCUUUUUUUGAAAUGUG